AUGGCCUCGAACGCGCCCGCUGAGCGCCAACCGGCUCAAUAUACGCCAUAUCGGCCAGGCGCUCGGCUGACGCAGCAAGCACAACAAAAGUGUCAAUCCCCUCAUGAUGGCCCUCAACGCGAAUACAAGCCACUACAGCCACCAGAGCAAGGCUUGGUUUCUUCCAUGGCAGGACUGGCCAUUAGCAACACAGGACCGGCCCAAAUACAGGGAGCGGCCACGCCUAAUUCAGUGCCCGAAUUCGGGACGGCCGGAUCUCGGCGGUCUCUGCGAGUGAUACAACCAUAUCGCCUCCCCGGAAAGUCAGAAAGUGCUCAAGUUGCGCCGAACAGCUUGCCAACGACGCCGGCUCCCAGUCAAAGUGUGGCCAAGCCAACAGCAGCCAACCAGGCAAACAUUACCGCUUCGGUCCAGCAACCUCUAUCAAACAAUGGGCACAGUUUCCCUAAUCCUCCCCAAACGAACGAGCCAAGUUCAACUGCCUUGGGGCAGGAUUCUCAGUCACAAGCGACAACAACGACUGCUCUUGCUUGUGAUACUCUACAAACACCUGGCCCCAUCCCAGUUUUACCGCCGUGGAAGGUGAAUGUGAACCCGUACUUGAACACUCAGGCUCAAUCUUCUCUUGUUCCUAAAAGCCCCAGACCAGCUUACCCCGAUCAUGAGGGUCUGAUUCCUGUUGAAAAGCCGGCCCCUCCUGACCAUGAAGGACUCAUUCCUGUCGACUCGGAGCUAGAAUUCUCCAGCCCGCUCUUUCCAAACCAAUCGGUUACCUCUCCACUAUCUCCUUCACAACCUACUGAUAAUCAGAACAUAAGUCAAUACUCCCCUACAGCGACUUCUUCGCAGCCUACAGUGACGCAAUGCGCUCAGCAAACCCAGCAACCCACAUCCUUGCCAAUAAACAACCCUCACCCACAAGUUAACCAAAUCACAGGCCAAUAUCCCCCUGUGACGGCUCCUUCUCCUCCUCCUGUAAUGCAGCCUGGCCAAGUAUCGAGUCAGCAAACUCAACCAGCAAUUGUUGCGCCAGUACCAAAACCUCCUCAUCCACAACCAAGUGAUGGCCUGUCCUCCCCAUCAACACCCAGCUUGGGCCAAACUCCUGUCACCCCAUCGUCACCGCCGCCACCGUAUUCCCCGCCAUUGCAAUCUCCCCCCCAAUACCCAGGCUCUACUGGCUCUGUUGCUGUGCCCCCGGCAACCAUUGCUUGCGCAACUCAGGGACACGCGCCAGUCACACAGGUUUCUUCAGGGCCUUAUCUAGCUGCGGUUGCUUCUCCGGCUCCUGGCCCUAACCCACCACCACUUCCCCCGAGGCCUGCUACUCAACCACAUGUAUAUCCUACUACGCAGAGCCAGCUGCCGACCAUUAAUGUCCCGACAAUCUCUGUGCCGCAGACACCCAUGGGUGCGCAGCCUCUUUCUCCUCACCCGGGAACCCAGCCAGCACCAAUGUUUCCGGCACCAACUCCCCAAGCAGCCGCCGUAGGACCCUACGCGCCUGUGGCAGUUUCUCCCAGACCGGGCACGACAACUCCUCAGCCCAUGGCCAUUCCUCAGACAAUACCGCCUCCUCCUCAAUCAACGUCACAUCUUAACGCUUAUCCUGUCUCCAAACCAUCAGUAAUCCCUAUCAUUCCAUCAGUGUCAGGCUCUAUGUCACCUGCUAGGCCUGCAACAGCACUGGGCCACAUCGCCAGCUCAGUGCUCAACCGCCCCGACAAGUGGAGUAAGAAGACGGCAAGUUUCCUAGGUGAGGCCAUCAAGUUCGCUGCAGCGACCGCCGAGGAAGCAAUGCAGGUUGCUGGCGUGCACCGGCACAAGUCCCUUUCGGCAAGGUCACCGCCGACAUAUAACUAUGCACUUGUGCCAGUUCCUGGGUUUCCUGGGCCUCAACCCCAGCCGUGGCCUGCUCCUGUGCCUGGGACGCCGAUGUCCCCUGUUGUGCCGGGUCCUGCGGCGGGGGCUCCUAGUGUUCCGGGUGUUCCUGGUGCUCCUGGGCCAAUGAUGCCGCAGCGAUGA